UUAGACAAAUGAAUAGUCUAACGAACAUUAUAACAAAGUUUUCAGUUUUUUCAUCUGUAGUCUGCAAGUAUAGUUUAAGAAUAGUUUAACUAAUUUGUAACUUUAUUUGAAAGUUGAGUUCAGACGAGUAAUCUCACGAGAUAACUCCAAAACAGCGUCACUCGCGCCCUCAUCUCAUUUCUUAUUCCAAAAGCAACAGUAGGAGUGAGACGUACAGUACGAUUAGUACGUGAGUAGUCCAGGAAGCCUAUGCCAUCCGGUCCGGGGCGGAGUUAGUGCGCGCGAGUAAUAAUAGAUCCCAAUAGCCGCGCUCAUUUGCAUGCUACUUAGAUUUAGAUCUUCGGAUCAUCAUCAGCAUCACCAUCAUCGCAGCUAUAGUGCAAAAAUAACGAAAUCAGCAGCAGCAGCGUGGGGUGCAAGACAGCGAGUGUAGAUCCCGAAGAAAAAGCUCAGACAGACACAGUCGAGCAAAGUCGCUCACUGCCGCUGCCGCCGCGGAGUUGGUGCUCGGAGAGUAACCGAGAGCUUCAGACCACGCCCAGAGGCUAACGAUCUUCCUGGUUAUGGAUAUGGUGAUCUCGAACUUGCAGCAGCAGCGUCAGCUGACGGAGCAGCUGCGCAGGGAGGCCGCGAUCAAGCGGAUCAGCGUCAGCAAAGCCGUCGAGGAUCUCAUGAAGUUCAUCAUCGAGCACGAGCAGGAGGACUGCUUACUCGUCGGCUUCUCCUCGCAGAAGUCAAAUCCCUUCCGCGAGAAGAGCUCCUGCACUGUACUCUAACGCGGCGUGUGGUGGUUGUUUAUUUAUCCAAUUUGUUGAACAGCAUGUGAAUCAAACAGAAUUGUAUUUAAAUUUUGAAAAGUUUAUGGCCUGAACAGUCCAUUUGUACAAAUUCUAUCAAGUUGGAAUUGAUGAUUGAAGUAGAAUGUUGACAACAAAUAUUAAAGCUCACACAAAACAACUAUGGAAUUGUUUUGUACAACAAAAUAUAUUUUUGAUGAAUCAUUGAUGAUACAGUUAACAAAUUUUUGUAAAAAAAUAUGAUCUAUACAAAAUAAGUUUUGAUAAAGUAACAGUAUUUACAAUAGUGUACAUUGCAUAAAUUAUUUGAAACUCCAGGUGCAUUUUCUGUGUUUGCAUAUCACAAUUUUGUACUAGAAUCUCUUUAACUUGUUGAUGAGUGGAUCAGUUCAAAUGUUCCAUGCACUGCAUUAAAUUAUAUAAAUAUGAAGUUUGUGUAUUGUCUCUCUGUGCCUGGCUUCUUCGAUAAAAUAUUGGACAGUCGAGAGAAGUGCAACUAUCAGCGUCCUUCACACCAAUACAAGAUUCGCAGAGCUGAAAUAGUAGUAUAAAUAUUGUAAUCCUUUUAUAAACUGACGCUAUUUUAUAUAUAAAUUAUAUUGGUACAUACCAUCUUAAUAUUAGAAUAAAUUCUUUCGUAUUGUCUACAUUUUUCAUGAAGUA